UACGUUCACUUCAGUCGCAGACUAGUCCGCAUCCUGAAGGAGACCAAGCCCCGGGUACCAUCCUUGACUAAAACCAACAGUAUCUCUGCCAUUGGCUUCAACGACAACAAAAACAAGCCGUUGAAGCGACCGGACUAUGUGCCAAUCACUCCUACCCAGGUCGAGGAGAUGCGAUUGGCACAUCAGAAUUUCGUUGAGGAAAUUUCCAACUUGACAUUGCCCUACAAGCCAGGAUCUCGUGGCAUAGUCUCCACUGCAGGCGGAGCACACCUGCCAAUCUUCAUCGUGUCCCUCCGCAUGCUCAGGCGCUCCGGUAGUAUCCUGCCAGUUGAACUCUUCCUACGAGCCGAUGAAGCACGCGGCGAUAACUAUCUGUGUCAAGAACUGCUUCCCUCUCUCAACGCUCGCUGCGUGAUUCUGGACGACUUUUUCCCUUCUGGACUGGUCAAGCUCGAGAAAUACCAGUAUAAAAUAUUUUCGGUGUUGUUCUCGAGCUUCGAAGAUGUGCUCUUGCUCGACGCAGACAAUUUUCCUGUACACAAUGUGGACCACGCUUUCAAAACAGAACCAUUCACGUCAACUGGUCUAGUGACAUGGCCAGACUUUUGGGUUUCGUCGGCUUCCGAGAAGUUCUACAAAAUCCAAGGAAAACCUUGUCCUCUGACUACAGUCAGAGCAUCAACGGAAUCGGGUCAAGUCAUUGUGUCCAAGCGGACCCACUCGGCAGCACUGCUGGUGUCUACAUACUAUAACUACUAUGGACCUUCGCACUACUAUCCCCUACUCACCCAAGGAGGUCCGGGCGAAGGGGACAAAGAAACGUUCCUUGCGGGUGCAGUGGCUGUCGAUGCAACUUUCUACCAGGUUUCUGACCCCGUCAGGAUUCUCGGUUACGACGACAACGGAGAGUUGCGCGGAGUGGCCAUGCUUCAGUCGAACCCUGUCGAUGACUAUGUUGCACUCGUCAAGCCGAUGCCAUUUACUAUCCAUGCAAACUUCCCGAAGAUGGACCCCAACACAUUGUUCAACCAGGACGGACCAGCCAUCAAUCACCAGACUGGCGAACACCGUCGACUAUGGGGAGAUAAAGAGCAGACCAUCCAAACUUUUGGCAUGGAUGUCGAGCGAGAACUUUGGGCAGAAAUCAGGCAUGUCGCCUGCACUCUUGGAGGCGUCUUCGUACAUUGGAAAGCAGAUGCUCCUCGAGAGUGGAAGAAAGGAACGUGCGAACUGGUUGAAGAGCACAUUAUCAAGGUCUUUGGCGUGGACGAGGAUGAGAACUCAUGGGGUUCCCUUGCCACAUAA